GCUUCCUCCUCUACUUCUUCAAAUCUUCUUUCCAACUUUGCUACUGAAAUUCGUGGUGGUGAUAAUUAUCCUGAAGUACCGUCAUUUGAUCAAAAUAACAUUAAUGACCUCAACUUAAUUGAAAAUCUGGAUGAUAUUUCCUUUAACGAGCUUAAUGACAGAUCACUUUAUCUGGUAACAACAGAGAUGGCUUUUGAUAAUUGGAUAAAACUUGAUGAAUGGAUUAAAAACUAUGGGUUAGAGCAAGGUUUUACUCUUACGAUAACUCAUAGUGAGAAAGAUAAAAAUGAUAGAAUACCCCAGUGGCAUAUUUAUGCAUGCACCAAAGGUAGAAAAUAUGUGACAAGAAAAGAAGCACAUACCAAAAAUAGUCGUAAUUCAGGUCAUAAUUCUGGUAACUGCCAAUUUUGUAUUAACACCUACCGUUGGAAGAAUGACAAUAUGGUUUAUAUUACGAAGGUUGAAAAUAAUCACAAUCAUAAACUUGUUAAUAAUAUCAUUGCUCUUGCGUCCAGUUAUCAAAAGUUCACUCCUGAAAUGCAGGAUGAUGUAAGGUUACUUGUAACAUGUGGUGUACAGUCUGAUGCAAUUGUUGAAAUGUUACAACACAAAAAUUUGGAAAUUGAAGCUGGUUCAGUAUAUCUUAAUCUUAUGAAGCAACAGAAUAAAAAUUUCUCUUUCCACGUUGAUGCACAGUUUGAAGGACAAGACAAUCAUCUC